CUCGCACGUCAGUCAGUCCGCCCCGUUCGGCCAGAUCAGUCGCACAUCUCAAAUCGUCGCACCAAGCAAAAAAAAAAAAAAAAACUAAAAGUUCCGUUUUUUUUUUCGUUGUUUUUGUUUCUUCAAAUCUGCGCUUCGUUGGUUUUCUAGAGAACGAAAAAAAAAAAAAGUUCAGUGUGUUUCAUCAACGACGUCGUUCCGUUUUGCACAAUCAGCAGUGAAUUCCAAUAUCCCACUUCUGGGGUAAAAGCCCCUAGAAAAAAGGAAAAGAAAUUACGACAUUUUACACGCAAUAGCCUCAAAUGCCUUUAACAGUCGCAAUGCCGUGCGGAUUCGAAGAAAAUCUGAUGGAUUUCGAAUGCAGUGGUGGAGUGGCGGGAAGUUGGGGUGCCAGUAGCCACACAGUGACAGACUUUGACCAUCCCGAUCCACUCCUGAUGGUUUCUCUCAGCAACAAGGAACAGCUGAAUUGCGCCAACGAUGGAAUAGGAGCAAUUGCAGGAUCGAAAACGGAUUUGUCUUGGUGUCGAAACAGUAACAGCCGGUCGUCAUCCAUGAGCGGAUUAGCCGGAAGCGGAUCAAGCUCAUCAUCGCCGAGCAGCAACAGCAACAACAACAGUAAUAGCAACAGCGGAUUGAGUUCAUCGUCCUACUGCCGGCGGCUGGGCUCGGCCGCGUCGACCAACGGCAGCCGACGCAGCAGCGCCACGUUUCAAUUGUGGAGUCCGCGCUUGAGGCUGCGCGAUGAACGCAAGCGCGUCCUCAAACUGUCGCUGGCCAAAUUGAGGCGCAUCGACGAUGCGGAAUCGUGUCUCAGGCGGUCCGUCUUGCUCAACAACACGUUGAGGCGGUUGCAGCGCGACGCCAGGGACGAGAAGACGGCCGGAGUGAGUCAGCAGAUGAACGCGUCGUCCGACUGCGCCAGUCGGCUCCACCAUCCGGCCGUCAGACUGGAACAGGCGGACAGCGGACGCGAAUUGCAGACGACGACGAGGUCGUUGUUGAGCUGCGACGAAUUGCCCGUCUCGGCGGCCGACUUGGCGCUGGAGGCGGCCAACAUGAACGGCCAGUCGCGGGCGGCGUCGAUUAAAAGGCGGCGGACGUCGGCUGACGUCACGGACGAUUUGGCCAUCGGGUGCACGUCGUCGCCCGACUCGUCGUGCGGAUUGAAUUUCAGCGAUUUGUACCUGCCGCCCACGCCGCGCAUGAUCUCGUCGUUGGAGGAUGAGGAAGAGGCCGGAGAGGCGUGGCAGUGCGUCAAGAAGCCAAAGAUGAGCAGCGGCAACGCGAGUACUACGAGCGGAAGUGACGUCAGUGGGCGGAAUCGACCGGCACUACGUCCGUGUAACUCGUUGCCGUCACUGACGACGUCAUCGUCUUCUAUCGCAACUAGUUCGUCCAUCUCGUCGUCAUCGUCAACCAAUCAAAACAAUUCGCCCAUUCUCACCGGAUACACGUCGUGUUCCGGCCUCUCGCUGGUCACAUCCAAUUCUUCCGCAGCCGCUUCCGCUCAGCAGUCGACCUACUCUUGUGGCCAGUCUUCGCUCUUCGGCGAACUUCAGUCGGUUGUCUUCCACUCACUCAUCACUUCUUUGGAAUCGUAGACGAGACGACGUUUGAAUGCGUUUCUCUUUCCAACUCCAGCGCCAUUCGGUUAACCCGUUAACGUCAAACAUUAGCAAGAAGGAAAGAAAAAGAAAGUAAAAUAAAAAAACCGCCGUGUGUGUCUUUAUUGACCGCCAUCAUCAUCAUCAUAUGAUACCCGUGUCCUGUCUCUUUAUUUUCCCUCCUCCUAUUCCCAUUCUUCCGGUUAUUGAUUCCGGUCCUCUCUCCCCCCGCUGGACUCCCUUUUUUUUUUUUUUCUACUAUUCAUUUCUGUUGAGCGGAAAGGGGGAGGGGAGAGAGAUCAUUCACGUACGUUUUUUUUUUUUUAAUUUUGUUGGGUGGAAGGUGUGGUGUGUGUGUGUGUGUUGCCAUCCAUCGUCAAGAUCCGGAAUGUGAAAGAAAAUGUCUUAACCUGCCGGAAUUCCGGAAUCCGCGCACAUGGUGCCAUCUUUUCUUAAACAAUUAAUAUGACCCGGAAUUCCGGCCAUUUCUCUCUCUCUCUCUCCCUCUCUCUCUCUCUUGUAAAUAAUAUAACACACACACACAUGUAUAUCGUUAUUCUAAUAAUCUCUGGUCUAUUUUCGAUUCGCGUUGAAGCAAAAAGAAAUGAAAAAAAAAAAAACGAUUAAAAAAAAAAUUUGAUUUAAAUGUUUAUCCCCUCAUCACAAGAAAAACUACAUAAAAAAAAAAUCGAUGAUUAUGUUGACCUUUUUUUUUUUUCCUUUUACCCCCAGCCAUUUAUUUGUGUGUACAUAAAUAGCCGCGCGAUGACACAAUUAUUUCUUUCAUCGAUACACACCCAUGUUCUCACUCUACAAAAAAAAAAAAAAAAGAAAUUCCAACCGCACGAUCCUUAUCGACACACACAAUUAUUAUUAUUAUUAUUAUUUUUUUUAUUAUUAAUUACAAUAAAAAGUAAGAUUUGAGAAAAAGAAAAAUCACACACAACGACGUGUACAGCAACACACAUACAAAAUAAAAGUCAUUGAUUUAAAGGGGAGGGGGGGGGGAUUUAAAUUCCCGAAAAAUAAAAAAACAAAAGACGGGAGUAGCGCACCGUUCUGUUACGCCAGAACAAUUCCACGUGCACACAAAAACAAAAAAAAUUUGCCAUUUUCAUUAAUUUUUUGGGGGUUUUUUUGUCUCAAAAAGAAGGAGGGGGGUGGGUUCAGUUAUACAAUGGGCGUGAAAGUUUUUUCGUCCGUCCUCCCUCUCCAACGACUGACAUUGUUUCUCCUUUGUGUUAUUGUUAUACGGGAAUGAAUUAUUAAAAAACAACAGACUUUUUUUUUUGUUUUGUUUGGCAAAAUUCGAAUUAUACACAGUCCCCUCUCCAUCCAUUUUGGUCCUUGCGUGUGUGUGUAAUCAACAUUGUGUAUACUGUUUUGUUUUCUCUCUCUCUUGCUGCGUAUAUUACCAAAUAUAUUACAAAAAUAUA